AUGACAAACCUGCUGGAAAAGGAGAGAGAGAGAGAGAGAGAGAGAGGGAAGUGUAGGUCUGUUCUGGAGCUGGCGUUUGUCAACAGAACAAAGAGAUUCCCGAGGAAUCUGGGAGCUCAGGAGAAACCAGUUACUGGAAAACUGGAGGAGUCUCAUCAUUUGAAUGCAGCUCCGGUUGUUGAAGAUUCUACUCCAGUUAGCUCUUUAUCAAUGGGUGGUAAAGCUGGAACCGCUACCUCAAAGGAGGCAGAAAAUGUGAGGUUGGAAGCUGUACCAAAACCUGACGACACUACUGCUGUUAACGCCCAUUCUAGUGAGGUGGACUCUGCUUCACCAAAAGAUCCUACCACUGAAAAGACACCUAAGCAGGAAUUAGAAAAGCCAGGUUCUCUCCUUCAACAAUACAAUCUACAAGGCAAUGCUACUGAAAGCACUGGAUCACCAUUAACAGGGGAGCUACUAACUAAAGAAACUGAGGCUCUUUCUAAUACUAACUCAACUGAGGGGCUGAAAGAUGGUUACAUGACUAAGGAUGGAAAGUUAGUAGUUGAUGCAUUUAGAACAGUCGCAUUUAGAAGCCCAAGUUUUUACUGCAAACUUACGAGCCUUGAAGGAUUCACUUGCGCUAGAAGAUACACUUUCCAAAGGGUUGCCAAUCCAAAAAGAGAUAAAUAUGCUUCAGACUUAUCUUGCAGAAAUACAUCAGGACUCUAUUUUAGACUUGGUGUUAUAAUCUCUUCCAGAAGAAGCACGAUCCAGUGGAACAGAUACAGUACUGCAGCUGAACCAGAAGGAACACUUAGACACUUCAGUCUCAUUCCACCUGGUGGCGGAGGAAUCUUAGCACAUUCAGUAGCACAUAUAGCAUCGUGGUUCAAGUUCAAGGAAGUGGAUCAAUCUAACGGAGGCAUUGAGUCCGUAAUUAGGAAGGUUGAUAAUUGUUUGGCCGAGGGCAAACUAGCUGAAGCAGCUACUGCAUUGGAAGAAGGUGUUAAAGGAAGUAAAGCAGAGGAAAUAGUGAAUGAUUGGGUGAAACGUGCACCCAUCACAGAACAAGCGGAAACUCUUCUCCAAUCUUAUGCAACUUGUGCUAGUCUCACUUGA